CCCUAUUUUUCUAUCGGUCCCCUCUGCGGACCGACUCUCCGGCAAGUGCCUUCUCUCACACGCCAAUCGCUUCCCCUCGUUCGUGGCUCACGCCCUCGCGGGCAAUGAGAACCGCACUACUAGGAGGUCCGCACUCGGUUCGCCCUGACCGGACGUCUCAGUCACUCGCACUCCCAGGAUCCCAUACCCCCCCCCCCCCCGACCAGACGGAUUCCGCUUACCGCUGUGUAUUUUUUUUUUUUCCUCCUUUCGUCGUUCGGAUCUUCGUGCACAAGAAUUACGGGGAACUGCAGUAUCUGAUCUUUUAAUUCUUUGCUCACCUAUCUCGCGGUUCGGAAUACAGGAUUCGGCUCGACCGCUCCAGACCCCGGGACCGUCCGAAGACGGGGGCGCCCUCCCGGGGGCGGGAACUCCGUGCCCAAGUGCCUGUAUCCGAGUCACGGCACCAAAUUGUAAUCGGCAAUAACCAGCCAGGAAAAGAAUUUAGAAAGUAAUCAAUUUAUUUGAGGUGUGCCUACUUGCUUAGGUCACCCAUUCUUGCAAGGAUGUAAAUAAACUGUGCUUCGCUGAAGGAUCUGUGUGGGCCUGCUCAUUGGCGCGACAAACGUUUCUCACAAAUUUGGGGGCUCGUCCGGGAUCGAAGUCAUCAUCCAGGGAGUCGUCGUCUCCGAAGAAUGGAAAGGUGCACCCCGUUGAUUUCAGCGGUUCCUGGAUCGGCGGCGCUGGCUCCAAGGAGACUGACCAAGACCCGAGACCGGUUAUAAACAGAUCCCACGAACCACAGAGGGGGAAAUAAAGGAUAAAAGGAAAGUAGGCGCCUUGAUAUCGACCAGGCAGAUUCUGUGCACGGACCAAGGUGAGAAAAUUGACUGUUAAGUAUUGCCUUGGUGGUCGGGGCCGGGGUGAGAAAACUGACUGUUAAGUAUCACCCUGGUGGUUUGAGACUCGUAUGUGUGUGUGUGUGAGUGAGACGUACAUUAGUACGAAGCGAGUGCGGAGUCCAACUUCGCGGUUCUGUUCUUCCGCGAGGAAAACAGCCGGAGAAGGACGAAAUGAGAGCAAAAGAGUGCAAGGAGAGUCUCGGGAAUGAAAUAAAAGCGCUAGGCCUAGGGAGGAUAAGGGAAUAUCCUCGGGAGCAAUUCCUCCAUACAGUCCUUUAGGGAGGAUGCUGCAGUACUGGGAAGUACUGGGAAGACAUGUCAGGUACUAAAGGGAAAGAAUAAGAAGACGAUGAUAAACUAUUGUGUGUUUAUCUGAACAUGGGAGCCCAUACAGGGGCGGCAUGUAUUUUGGCCGAAGUAUGGGUCGGAUAAUAGCUGGCUGUGCCAGGAUUUGCUUUUCUGUGUGAAUGCAAAAAUUCCUUUUUUUUUUUUUUUUUUUGGAGGAGCGUGAGUAUGUUCUGUGCUGGAUUACAGAGCGUCCCCAGGACCGUCCUGUUAACUCUCCCCCACCUCUUCACAACCCUAAGCCCCAGGAGAGUGUUGUAAAUUAUUCCUCUACUUCACACACUCCUGUGAAUUCCUCUCCCCCUUUACAGCACCCUGAGCACUGUGACAGCACUUACAAGGAAGCUGCAAGUGCUGUGAGUGCUUCCCCUUUGACAAAUUUUCCAAAAUUGAGAAGAGAAUUGGAACAAUGUAAAAGAGAUUUGGAGAGUUUUCUCAUACAAGGGGGCAACCACCGAUGGGCAGGCUUGGUGGAAGUUAUGUUUCCCCUCCGGGAAGUACCUCUUGGUCCCGGACAGGUGGGAUAUGUCAGUGCCCCGCUGACAAGCACUGAGGUGUGGAACUUUAAAAAGUAAAUGAAAUCAUUGAUUGAGGACCCUGUUGGCUUAUCCGAACAAUUAGAUCAAUUUUUGGGUCCUAAUUAUUAUUCUUGAGCAGAAUUAACGUCCAUCAUGAAUAUUCUGUUUAGUGGAGAAGAACGGGGAAUGAUUAGACAGGCGGCUCUGCAAGAAUGGGAAAGGAGAAAAUCCCCCCAGGCAAGGGGUAGUUCCCGCAGAGCAGAAAUUCCCCAAUGUGGAUCCCAAUUGGAAUAAUAAUAAUAACCCUGUACACCGGAAUAAUAUGAAAGACCUGAGGGAACUAAUAAUACAGGAAAUUAAAGAGGCUGCCCGAGAUCCCAAAAUUUGAUUAAGGCAUUUGAACUCCAGCAAGGGAAGGAUGAGUCCCCAUCAGAUUUUUUACAAAGGUUACGGGAUCAGAUGAGGAAAUAUUCGGGCAUGAACCCUGAGGAUCCGGUGGCCCAGGGUUUGUUAAAAAUACAUUUUGUUACUAAGGCAUUGCCAGACAUUCAAAAGAAGGUGCAGAAAAUAGAAGGCUGGAGUGAAAAACCGCUUGAGGAGUUAUUGAGAGAAGCACAAAAACUGUACGUGAAUCGGGAAGAAGCAAAACAGAAACAGAAGGUUAAAAUAAUGGUUUGUACAAUGGACCAGGUUGUGAAGCAGAGACUCGAACCCAUAGUGCAAGAGAGAGAGAGAGAGAGUGGAAACAGAGCCGAGGAAGGAGAGAACGGAGAAUGAGAGCGAGAAGUGCAAAAUGAAGUAGGAAAUUAUCAGGGCAAGGAUUGUCCGGUAACCUCCCUUCAGCUGGAUGUUUUAACUGUGGCAAGCUGGGACAUUUUAAAAAGCAGUGCCCAGACUUGAAGAGAGAAGGGAGGGUGAUGUCAGUGAUGCAUCUUGAAACUCAGGGGUUCUCUCAGUCGCACCCAGAGCCCUUGAUAAAUAUAAAGGUGGGACCCCAGGAAGAAGAAGUAAUCUUGGUGGAUACAGGAGCGAGCAGAACUUCUUUAAACUAUGCUCCUCCUGGGCUAAAGUUAACCUGUCAACUAGUGUUUGUUGCAGGAAUAGAGGGAGAAAAGUUUGGAGUUUUUACAUUUGAACCUACAACGCUUAAAAUUGGAAAUAGAAAAGCCCAGGGACAGUUGCUAUAUGUUCCUGAGGCAGGUGGUAACCUAUUGGUCAGGGACAUGAUUAUAUAAUUGGGCUUGCAAAUCAGAACUCACUCAGAAUGUAUGGUUAUUUCUAUGAAUGUGUUAAAAGAACAAGCUAAGGCUGGAAUAGAUAAGGGAACGGCAAGAAAUAAAACAAGCCACAGAUUCACUUUUAAAUUUUUUUUUGGGUAAACAGGGCCUAUGGGUCUCAAAGACAAAACUCCAAUACGUGGAGGAAGAGGUUAAAUAUUUGGGACACCUUAUUUCAGAAGGAAAGCGGAGAAUUAGCCCUGAAAGGAUCCAGGGAGUCGUAAAUCUGCCACUUUCCCGGACAAAAAAAAAGGAAUUGAGAAAAUUUCUAGGUCUAAUUGGGUAUUGUCGCCUGUGGAUCGAAGCCUAUGCACAAAAGACAAAAUAUUUAUAUCUCAAAUUAUUAGAAGAGGAACCUGAUGUUCUUAUUUGGACUAAUGAUGAAGUAAAACUAAUCAAAGAACUGAAGCAGAGUCUAAUAAUGGCCCCUGUCUUGGCUCUGCCAUCCUUAGAUAAACCCUUUUGUCUGUUUGUCACGGUGGAUAAAGGAGCAGCUCUGGGAGUUCUCACCCAAGAAUGGGGGGGGAAGCAAGAGCCAGUGGCUUAUCUGUCUAAACUUUUAGAUCCAGUAUCCCGGGGUUGGCCAGAGUGUGUGCAGGCAGUGGCAGCGACUGCCCUUUUGGUAGAAGAAAGCAGAAAAUUUAACUUUUGGGGAGAAAUUAAGUGUAAGCACACCACAUCAAGUAAAUCCUGCCUCCUUUUUAUGAAAAGGUGAUAAUGAAAACUCAGAACAUAGUUGCUUGGACCUAAUAAAAUACCAAACCAAGGUCCGACCAGAUCUUAAGGAUAUACCUUUAUAUGUGAGACUUCAGUUAUUUAUAGAUGGAUCUUCAAGAGUAAUUCAGGGAAAUCAGCACAAUGGAUGUGCUAUUGUAGAAGGGGUAAGCAGUGAAGUCAAAGAAAUGGGGCAGUUACCUAAUGGAUGGUCAGCCCAAACAUGUGAGUUAUAUGCUUUCAACCAAGCACUACUGGUGCUAGAAGACAAGGAAGGAACAAUUUACACUGAUUCCAGAUAUGCCUUUGGAGUAGUGCAUACCUUUGGGAAAAUCUGGGAGGAGAGAGGACUGGUAAACAGUAAAGGGAAGGAGUUGGUCCAUGGAGAACUUAUUCAGCAAGUGCUGCAGAAUUUGAUGCUGCCAGAAGAAGUAGCAAUAGUGCAUGUUAAUGGGCAUCAGAAAGGAAACUCCCCACAAGCUAGAGGGAACAGGCUGGCAGAUGAAAUUGCUCGAGAAGCAGCCAUGCAAUCAGAAGUAAUAACAAUGAAUUGUCUCAUUCCUGAGAUGCCAGCUCUAAAGACAACUCCAAUUUUUGAAGAAAAAGAGGCAGUUAAGAAACUGCGGGCAACAGAACAGAAUGGAAAAUGGUUACUCCCAGAUGGUAGAGAAAUGUUAAAUAAACAAACCAUGGGGGAAAUAUUAGCUGUUCUGCAUCAAGGUAGCCAUUGGGGAACACAAGCCAUGUGUGACCUGGUGCUACAAAAAUAUGGAUGCAUUGGAAUUUAUACAAUAGCUAAGCAGAUUUGUGAAGGAUGUAUGGUUUGUAGAAAGAUCAACAAAAAGGUGCUAAAAAGGCAACCAACAGGGAGGCGAGCUCUAGCUUUAAGACGUUUUCAGAGUAUCCAAGUUGAUUUUACUGAAUUACCAAAGAUAGGCAGAGCUAAAUAUUUACUGGUUCUAGCAGAUCAUCUAGCAGGGUGGGUAGAAGCAUUUCCCCUCAAUACUGCUACUGCAGCAACAGUGGCAAGGGUAAUCCUGGAACAGAUUAUUCCCAGAUAUGGGAUAGUGGAAAACAUUGAUUCAGAUCAAGGAAGUCACUUUACCUCCCAAGUGUUGCAAGAUUUAAUGAACAGCCUGGGUAAACUAAAUUGCCUUGGACUGAGUGUCAAAGACAUAGGGGUGUCACCUUAUGAAAUGCUGUUUGGACUACCAUAUUUAGGCAAAGGUGAUGGACUUCCACAAUUCAAAACUAAAGAUGUUUUUCUGAAGAACUGUAUACUCGGGUUGUGGUCUUCUUUGUCCUUCCUUAGGCACCAAGGGCUCUUGGCGCAGACUCCACCCUUGAAAUCUGCAGUGCCUCGAUUUUAGCCUGGAGACUGGGUCCUGGUUAAAUCCUGGAAAGAAGCCAAACUCCAACCAACCUGGAAAGGACCAUUUCAAGUUCUGUUAACUACAGAGACUGCCAUCCGGACAGCUGAGAAAGGGUGGACUCAUUAUACCCGACUCAAAGGACCAGUAGAGGCUCCACCUGAGAAAGAACAGUGGCAGGCCUACCCAACUGAAACCCCUUGUGCCUUAAACUGAAGAAGCACUAAAAUUGAUCCAUGCUAACUGAUGAAGUAGAGUUUGUAGUAAUUUGGGUUAUUGUAGUUAUUGGGUUAUUGCAGUUAUUGGGUUAAUGUUUAUCUGUUGUGUGGAAAAAUAUAGGUUCUGUGGCAUAAAAGGAGAAGAGAACCUUUUAGUGAAAAUGAGGGGGAUCAUCAUAAUAGUGAGUUGUCUGUGGAUCCAAGAGUAGUAACCUUGACAGAGGUUAAGGAUAUAAAGCAAACCUUUGAAAUUGAAACUGGAUAUGGAGACACAAAUGCCUGGGUAGAAUGGGUCAAAUAUACAGUGUAUGCAUGUGCCUCAGGGAGGCCUAUAGCACAGGAUAGUUCCUUUUUCAUUGGGGUGGAGCAAAGACCCACAGGGAAUGAAAUGCAUGAUUGCGUUAUAUCAAGACACAACUGCAUGGGGUGAUGAGGCUUGCAAGUCUCUAUCGCUGCUUUUUCCUGCUGUAUAGAUCAAGGACCUCAGAGUGCCUCCUGCUUUCUCUGUAGUGCCCGGUAACCAUACAGCUUGUCUCUCACGACAAGAUGUGAAUGCUGCCAGGUAUCUUGGAGAUUUGGAGAUGUGUAUCGAGUCACUGAAUGUGACUGGUGACAAAGCAGGAAGCUAUUCAGCUAUGAGUGUCCCCAGGGCAGAUCUGUGGUGGUAUUGUGGAAGAAAAAUUCUAACGUCUGUGCUCCCUUACAAUUGGAAGGGUACGUGUGCUCUUAUUCAAUUGGCCAUUCCAUUCACCCUGGCAUAUGUAGAAGAGCCUCAUGUUGAAAGACAGAGAAUAAAGAGAGGUCUAGGGAUAUCAUUUGAUGAUAAGAUUUACAUUGAUGCUAUUGGGGUUCCUAGGGGAGUUCCCGAUGAACACAAAGCUAGAAAUCAGAUAGCUGCAGGAUUUGAGUCCUUCCUGUUCUGGUGGGUAAAAGUCAACAAAAACGUGGAUACGAGGGAUGCAGUCAAAGGAAUUGCAGAACAACUGGAUGCCACCAAUAGGAUGGCAUGGGAAAAUAGAAUAGCAUUAGACAUGAUACUGGCAGAAAAGGGGGGUGUAUGUGUAAUGCUGGGGAAUAAGUGCUGUACUUUUAUUUCAAAUAAUACUGCCCCUGAUGGUACAAUAACUAAGGCACUGCAAGGACUCACUACUCUGGCAGAUGAAUUAGCAGAAAAUUUGGGAAUAGAUAGCUCACUCACUGGAUGGUUAGAGUCCUGGUUUGGGAAAUGGAAGGGGACGAUAAUUUCCAUUUAACAUCCUUAAUUAUAAUGCAAUAGGAUGUUGCAUAAUUCUAUGAGUAUAAGGCCUUGUUUAACGUCUCUUUGAAACUGCCUUAUCAAAGCAAAUGCCUCUAAAGCCACCUUUAUAUGCUGACACAAUGUUAUUAUUAGAUGAGCAAAAUCCAGAAGAAAGAUGUGAAAUCACGUUGUCCGAACUAGAGGCAUCUUACAAAAACAACCUGAGAUAAUGCAAAAAGCAACAGUAGGGUAAAUAAAAGAAGGGGGAAUUGUUAGAAAUGAAAUGUAGUGUUGAUUUUGCAUUCUAGUGUUAGAAACGUAGUGUUGGUUUGGUUCACAUAUAUAUAUAUAUAUUAUAGUGUUAGGAAUAUAUAGUUUGUUUGAGCACAUAAAUAUAUAUACUUUAGUGUUAGGAAUAUAAUUGUUUGUUUGAGAUAAGUGAGAUAUCUACAAAUUCCAAUGACACCUGGAGUGGUUUAUGGGCCAAGAAACUGAGGGACUUAAUUGGGCUCCAUCUGGGGGAUCUGAACAUGGAGAAGGAUUUAUGGCCCAAGAUAAGGCCGAACAAAGCUACUUCUAUGUUGCUCCUCAGGGCAGGAUGACACCAGUAGAUUGUUAAUUGGGAAGACAGCCAAGGGGGCAAGAAAGGUCAAAAUUUUACCUUAAAAGGUAAAAAGUAAACGGCUAGAAUGGAAUGUGUAAACAGGGGCGGGAAAUUUAUAGGAUAAUUUGAAGCGUCGGAUAGGCUGUAAACCCUGGAGUACUCAGCCAGUGGGGAAACAGGGGAGGGAAUUUUGCAUCAGGAAUAGGGAAUAUAAACCGUUAUUCACCUUGCUAUAGGUGUGCCUACUUGCUUAGGUCACCCAUUCUUGCAAGGAUGUAAAUAAACUGUGCUUCGCUGAAGGAUCUGUGUGGGCCUGCUCAUUGGCGCGACAAACGUUUCUCACAAAAGGGAAGAGCUAAGUUGUGCGAUAAGCUGUAAAGGGUCACCCAUAGGACACCGAUGAAGAUGAGGAGCCUUCAGCCUCAAGACCACCAGGAGGCGGGAUAAGACCGACCCCCUAGCAACACGUCGCUCAGACACAGAAUAUACCAGGAAUGACACAUAUACGGGAACCAGAAGAGUAUAUAAUCAGCUACUUUCGGGAAGUGGGUGCAUGCCGUUGGCGGAGCAAAGACUCCCCCGGCCGCCCAGCACUGUUUUGUUUGCUGCCGCUUGCUUAAUAAACUAAUUUGACUAA